AUGCUCGAGUUUUACACAAAUAUAAAUUCGGGAUUGAUGCAGGAGAGCAUGCAGCCGCCGCUCUCUUGUGCUGGUAGAACAGAGUUGAGCGCGAGCAUCAAGCGGGAGAAGAUCGUCGAGAUAUGUGAAGGAUGCGGCCAGAAGAUCCAGGACCGCUACUUGAUGCGAGUUGGCGAUUUAUCCUGGCACGAACACUGCCUCAGCUGCUGCGUGUGCGGUUGUCCACUAGCCCAUACAUGUUACACAAGAAAUGCCAAACUAUACUGCAAACCUGACUACGAUAGGCUGUUCGGUGUUAAAUGUACGCGGUGUGGCGACAGACUGCUACCCCAGGAGAUGGUUAUGCGGGCACAGCAGUAUGUCUUUCAUAUUCAAUGCUUCGUUUGCGUCAUGUGCUGUCAGCCCCUUCAGAAGGGUGAACAGUACGUUAUAAGAGCAGGCCAAAUUUUCUGUAGGCAAGAUUUUGAGAAGGAGAUGUACCUGAUGCAACAUACGGAAGACGAUAUGAUAAUUGAUGAUUCAGAAAGGCCCCGGGAUGGAAGACGAGGACCAAAGCGUCCUCGAACGAUUCUAACGUCUGCACAACGUAGACAGUUUAAAGCUUCUUUUGAAGUGAGCCCCAAGCCCUGUCGUAAGGUACGAGAAGCUCUUGCCAAAGAUACCGGCUUGAGCGUCCGAGUAGUUCAAGUUUGGUUCCAAAACCAAAGAGCUAAAAUGAAAAAGAUUCAACGCAAAGCAAAACAAGAGGGUGAUAAGAAUGCGGACAAGGAAAAGGAUAAGGAUGAGAAGAGCAUUAAGCAGGAAUCGCCAUCAAGCGAACACGAACAUGGAAAUUAUCUGGGCUUGGAUACGUCGUAUUCGGCAUCAAGUCAACCCCUAAACCCAAAUCUCCCGUACUCCCCUGAUGAUUAUCCAGCACAUUCUGGUGACAGUUUCUGCAGCUCGGACAUAUCACUUGAUGGCAGCAACUUUGAUCAGCUCGACGAAGGUGCCUCCGACACCAUGAGCCUUCAGAAUUUGGAGGUUCCACACCAUCCCCAUCAACACGGAAAUCAUUCAUCUCACGAGCCCCUCAAUUUAGGUACCGGUGCUGUGGUUAAUCCAAUUGAUAAGCUUUAUCUUAUGCAGAACUCUUAUUUUAGUACGGAUCACUGA